GAUUUUCUAACAGUAGUACAGUACACUAAGAAAUGGCUCUUCCCUCUACUCUAUAAAUACAGUUGUUCAUGCCAUUGCCACCACCACCCUCAUCUUCACCACACCUCUUCUUUAUCACUUCAGAUAAAGAACCAAGAAUCGAACACAUAUAUAGAGAGAAAGUUGAGGGGCGACCUGCGACCAUAUUUUUCAAAAAACACAAUUAGGUGGCAGAAAUGGCACACAAGUUGAGCAUGGCUUUGGUUAUAGCAAUGGUUGCAGCUGCUGCCAUGUUGCAUGGAUCAUCUGCACAAACCACCCAUGUUGUGGGUGAUACCACCGGCUGGACUAUUCCCACAAACGGCGGCGCCUCCAUUUACUCCACCUGGGCUAGCCGGAACACCUUCACCGUCGGCGAUAUCCUCGUUUUUAGAUUCCCCACAGGAGCCCAUGACGUGACUCAAGUGUCGAGGGCUGGUUUUGAUGGAUGCAAUGCCACAAACCCAAUUUCUCAGAACACUAAUGGCCCAGCAAAUAUAACCCUCACAACUGCUGGCCAACACUAUUACAUCUGCUCCUUCCCAGGCCACUGUGGGAUUGGCCAAAAGUUGGCUAUAAAUGUCUCCGCCGCCGCUUCAACUGCUCCCGCUCCUCAGCCAUCCGCCGCCGCUUCUCCACCGCGUGCCACCCCCGCACCGGUGCCUUCUCCUAGGGCUCCAGCAUCAACCCCAGCCGCCACUCCUGCCUCCCCGCCAUCCUCUGGCCCUGCACCCACCACUCCACCUUCUUCCUCCACCCCAUCUGUCCCUUCCGUAGAUUCUCCGCCGCCGCCUAGCACCGCCGCACCUUCUAUGGCUAUUGCGGCCUUGCCACUCACUUUUUUGUCAGUUGCCUUAGCUUUCUUGUAUUAGAAUAUUAGAGCAUUUCUAAGUUUUUGCCAUUUACAAUUUUUUGUGAGAUACAUUAUUUUACAUGAUUAUAUAUAUAUUUUUUCCGAUCCACUUUGAUUUGUAUUAAUAAACAUCUCGUUUUCAUAUA